UUUACUGUAAUAAGUCUCAGUGAUACAUUAAUUGACCUAACAUGGAAAAUGAAACAAAGCAUCUCAACAGUGAGACAUGUAGCAAUGGAAUUGUUGUGGAACAGCAUCUUCCAAAUGAAAGUGAACAUGAUUUAAGGCUGAUGGUUAAUGGAGUGGAAUUCCAAUGUAAUAAGCUACAAAUGAUGGAGAACUGUGAGUUUUUUAGAGGCAUGUUUGAGAGCAACAUGAGGGAAGCUAGGUCUGACUGUGUUCAGCUGGAGGAAUCAGACAUAGAGACAAUGUCAGCUGUGAUUAGCUACUGUAUGACUGGUGAGAUACAGCUGUCCAUACAGAAAAUUCACAGGGUCGCAGAACUGGCCUGCAAAUAUCAGGUGUCUAAACUGAUUGAAAAGUGCAGCAUCUAUCUACUGGAAUCCAUGAAUGCUAACAACUGUAUCUCUACCAUGUUAUUUGCUCACAACAUCUAUCUCAAAGAAGCAUACAACAAAUCCAAGGUCUAUGUUCUUUGGAAUUUUCUGAAGUUGCUUGAAAAUGAGGAAUUCUUAGAAAUGGAAGUUUCUGAUUUAAAGACAAUCAUUAGUGAUUUUCAGUUGAAUGUUAAAUGUGAGUUAGAAACCUUAAAAGCUGUGACGUGUUGGAUUAACCAUAGAAGGACAGAGAGAAUUCAUUUGUUAUCAGAAAUUCUCUUGGAGUCCAGUCUCUUAGAUUUCUGUACUGACCAGGACCUGGAAAUGAUGAGGCAGAAUCCAGAUAUCAUUGAGAACUGUAAUAGUGAUGUCAAAUCCAGGCUAAUGGCAGCAAAGUGUCACAGAAGGAAGAGGCGGUACACCCCACAUCAGAUUGUUUCUGUGGGUGUACACAUGGAGAGUGACUCUGAUGAAGAUGAUGACAGGGAAUCCAAAUCCAAUCCUCGACAGAUCGUAUCUUACGACGUAGAUAAAAGUCAAACAAUGCACUAUGCUGACACACCUGAUGGAUGUCUGGUAUCCCAUGAUGCUCUGAUAGGAAAAAAAGGAUACAGUGUCUGUGUCCAAGAAGAGAAUAUGUUUGUGAGUGGAGGGGAGAGUAUGCUGGGGAAAAACACCUGGAUGAUGGAGAUUUGGUGUUACAACUCAUUUGAAAAGACCUGGAGUGUAGUGGGAAAGCUGAGAGCACCUAGAAGACAUCAUGCCUCUUGCAUUCUGGGAGAUUCCUCACUGCUUCUGAUUGGUGGAUUUGGCAGAUACAGAUAUCGACUGGACUCAGUUGAAAAAUGGAAUUAUCAGACUGAAGAGUGGCAUGACCUGGCCUCCUUACCUGAGAGGAUGGUCAACAUCACAGCCUGUCAGUGUAAUAACCGGGUGUUUGUCAUCAAUAUUGGGUCGCUGUCUUCCAUUUUGUCCUACAGCCCUGAAUCUGACCAGUGGACACAUCACCCUGUACAAUGUACCCUGGGAGACGUGGUGUUUGAUGCCAGGAGAGUCUGGAUGAUUCCAGACAAUGGUGUCCUUUUUAUAGGGAUGGACAAUCUUAAUACAGUGUUAAAAUUCAACACAGUUACAGACAAAGUUGAGGAGUGUUCAUUAUUUGAUAAAAAUGAUGAUGGUGUUGAUUCAUUAGGUUCUUCUGUAUCGAAGCAGAUUCCAAAACCUUUUAAUGCAAUGAGUGAAGCCAUUCAAGCUCUGACUAAAGUUUACCACAUACAGAACUAUGUGAACAGAGACAAGUUGUGGUUAUUUUUUUGUUAUUUUGUUAAGAAUGAACUUUUUGCACUUCCAUCCUUUUCUUGACUAAAUGCAAAAAGGUUUGCAUUGAAAAUAUUGAGAACUUAUUGUGUACAUGUAAGAAUAAAAAC